AUGCGGACCCACGAGACCCGCACGGAGGGCGUGCUCGACUGCACAGGCGCGCUCACCGUCCUCGCUACAAAGCUCUCCGCUGUUGCGUAUAACUACCAGGACGGGCUCACGCUGCUCAAGGAGAAGUACGAAGGCGCGCAAGCUAAGGACGAGAAGGAGAGGAAGGAAUUAACGGAGGAGCAGAGGCGGCGGGAGGAGCGGAUGGAGCGUUCGCGAUUGGAGCGGCGAAACGCGGCGCUGGUUACCAUGCCGUCGGUGCUGGAGCUGAUGGGGUACCUGUUCUGCUUCGGGCUGCACAUAACAGGCCCGUUCUUCGAGUUCAAGGUGUACAAUGACUGGACGCGACGACAAGGGAUCUGGUCGCCAGGUUUCAAGCAGGCACCCAUCCUGCCGCCCUUCUGCCGCGCGUUCAUCCAGGGCGUCCUUGCAGCGGCCGUCUUCCUGCUUGUGUCCCCCUCGCUUGACCUCACGCGCAUCAGCGACCUGCGCAAGAACCGCUCCUUCCCCUUCCACCUGCGCUGGCUCUACGCGCACCACGCCGGCGUGGUGUGGCGCUUCCGAACGUACAUCCUCUGGAGCAUCACCGAGGCUGCCAUGAUCGUUGGUCGCCUGGGGUUCAGCGGCUGGGAGGCCCCCAAUGGGGAGACUGGAAAGGGCGGGGACAUGAAGGGAAACGGGGGGGAAUCGGAAGGGGGGAAGGGGAAUGGGAAGGGUGGCGGGGAUGGGGAUGUAGGGAAGCAUGAGGGCGAUAAGACCCGUGCGGCGCCUGCAGGGGAGGGAAAGGCGCUGUGGAACCGGGCUCGCAACGCGGACAUGCUGGGGGUUGAGUUUCCCAAGAGCUGCCUCGACUUCGCCACCACGUGGAACAUUUCCUACGGUCUCUGGCUCAGGCUCUACGUGUACAAGCGCAUGGUGCCGCCCGGCAGGAGGCCCACCUUCGUCCACAUGCUCGCCACCAUGCUUGUCAGCGCCGUCUCCCAUGUGCGUUCUCCCUUACCCCGUCUCCCAUGUGCGUUCUCCCUUACCCCGUCUCCCAUGUGCGUUCUCCCUUACCCCGUCUCCCAUGUGCGUUCUCCCUUACCCUGUCUCCCAUGUGCGUUCUCUCUUACCCCGUCUCCCAUGUGCGUUCUCCCUUACCCCGUCUCCCAUGUGCGUUCUCCCUUACCCCGUCUCCCAUGUGCGUUCUCCCUUACCCCGUCUCCCAUGUGCGUUCUCCCUUACCCCGUCUCCCAUGUGCGUUCUCCCUUACCCUGUCUCCCAUGUGCGUUCUCCCUUACCCCGUCUCCCAUGUGCGUUCUCCCUUACCCCGUCUCCCAUGUGCGUUCUCCCUUACCCCGUCUCCCAUCUGCCUCACUCCUACUCCCCAUGCUUCUCUCCCCCACGUGCGUCACCCCUAUCUGCCAUGUUCAUGGCCCCGGCUUGAAUUGGGGUGACUUCAUCUUUUUUGCCAAUUGGGCGCUUGCUGUUGCCAGCUCUAAAGGUGUGGACACACCCCAAAAUUGA